AUGACUAUCCCUGCUCGUGACAGCGUUUACGUUACGGACCGCACCCACUUCCUUCUCGUUCUAGAGACCCAGAUCUUGAAGCUCCGAGCUAACCCGGCUAACCGUCUGUUUGUGGUUGAAGGGCUUCGAGAGCUUGCUCGGCUGACACCUGGCUGCCUUGAGGCUUCGCGUGUCGUCGGUGACCUUGUUUUCCACCAGAUCUGCUGUACCCUUCAGCAUCUUUGGCAGCCCGCGAUUGCCACUCUGUUGGCAGACGCUGAUGAGUUCGAUGGCUAUAGGGUCGCCGAUAGACUUGAGGGUGCACUUCCCCUGGAGGCUCGCGAUCCCUUCAGUCGUCCAGCCACAUGGUAG